UUUAAUAAAAACAUUAUUUCUAAGUAGUGUGUCGUUGUGCGGUGGUGUCUGGGUUGUGCUACUUAGCCCGGGCAGGUGUGUGUGAGGGUAGAUCUCAGCUCUGAGUCUGUCUCCGAGACGCGGGAGCAGUUGUGGUGGGGAGUGGUCUCGCUGCUGGCUGACUGGGUUGGCUUUAGCUGAACUCUUGAACCCCUCGUGACCUCCCGUCCUCGCUUUAAUGAGUGAGACUCUUGCUUGGCGGCCAGCUGACUUCAGUGGAAGCUCCGCAAGUGUUUGUGAAGGGAAGCGUUGGCAGAGUCAGCCCACAGAGCGUGGCAAGCACUGCCGCCUGGUCCCAGGUCACCUUGUCUUUAUCAGCUCUCUGGCUACUGGGCUUCUUUUCCUGGCCAGUCCUCUCCCCAGCAGAAAUGCGGAAAAACCAGUUCUGUGGUUAAUUACUGCACUUCCCUCCACGCCCAUGGGUUCGGCUGCCUCCUCCUCCUCUUUUCUCCCAGCCUGGGUGCACUUCGGCCUCUUUGCCCCAGCCUGUUCUCUGCCGGCUCAGGUGCACCAUUAGGCCUGCAUAUUCAUUCCAUUAAUCUCAGGGCUUCUCCUGCCCUCCCAUCUUGUUCCUGCAAGGCCUGCUGGUGGCUCCUUCUCCCUCAGGGUGCACCGCAGGUGCAGAAGACACGGGCACCUGCACUGCCCAAGAGGGUGACAAUUUGACACCAUGGCUGGAGGUGAUAAGAGCAUGAAGGCCCUGAGGGAGGUGUGGAGAAGAGCAGAAAACUCAUUGUGUGCAGACUGCGGGAAGCCGGAUCCUGACUGGGCAUCCUCUACCUUGGGUGUCUUUAUAUGCCUUAGCUGCUCAGGAAUUCACCGGAACAUCCCUAGCAUCAGCAAAGUCAAAUCCCUGAAGAUGGACCACUGGGAUGAUGCUCAGGUGCAGUUUCUGGCCAAGCAUGGGAAUGCUGUGACUAAGGCCAUGUAUGAAGCUCACAUCCCUAUUUACUAUUACCAGCCAACCUACAAUGACUGCCAGGUGCUGAGAGAACAGUGGAUACGGGCCAAAUACGAACGGAAAGAGUUCACUGAGCUUGGAAAACAGCUACUGUACACAGAUGGGGUGAAGGAAGGCAUCCUCUGGAAGCGAGGUCGAGACAGUGGGCAGUUCCAACCCCGCAAGUUCCUGUUGUCAGAGAGAGAGGGAUGUCUGAAGUAUUUCACCAAGCAGGAUGCCAAAGAACCCAAAAUCAAUGUCAAAAUAGAUGUCAUCAAUGCUACAUUCCAACCAGAGAAGAUUGGGAACCCCAAUGGCUUGCAGAUCACCUAUCUCAAAGACAACAAGACUCGGAAUAUAUUUGUCUACCAUAAAAGUGGAAAGGAGGUGGUGGACUGGUUCAAUGCCAUUCGGUCCGUGCAGUUCCAUUAUCUGAAGGUAGCAUUUCCCAUAGCCAGCGAUAAUGAGAUUAAAAGCCGGCUGACAAGAAACUUUUUGAAGGAAGGAUACAUGGAGAAGACAGGUCCCAAGCAGAGAGAGGCUUUUAAGAAGCGUUGGUUCACACUGGAUCACCGCAGGCUCAUGUACUUCAAGGACCCUUUGGAUGCAUUUGCUAAGGGUGAGGUAUUUGUGGGCAGCAGAGAGAAUGGCUAUAGCGUCCAGAAGGGAUUGCCUUCAGGGACACAAGGCAACUUCUCUUGGCCCUAUGGCAUCACCAUUGUCACGCCUGACCGAGAAUACCUCUUCACCUGCGAGACAGAGGCUGACCAGCUGGACUGGAUCACAGCUUUCACAAGCAUCAUCAACCAGGCCAUGACACCACAGGAAUAUGCCAUUGAAGCCUACUUCAAGUUUAAAUCAUAGGAAGCCGGACAGGAAUCUUGCUGUAACUCAACUCUACCUGGUCCUGUUGGGUGGGCUAUCAGAAGAGGAGAGAAGAUUGAUGUCAGAGAAACACAGUGCUAUUGCAGCCUACUCUUUGAAGCACUUUUUUUUUUUUUUUUUUU